AUGGUAACAACGAUAUGCCCUCAGAUUAGCUCUCAAGUUCUCAUCGCGAACACUUGCCCACCCCCAUCACAGCCUUGCCUCCCCAGCCCGGAUAGCCAGAAAGGAGCAGCUCGGCAGAAGUAUUCCGAACCACCACCACUAUCACCUGUGAGUGCGUCCAGAGAGGCAGGUUUGAAGAAAGAGAGGGAAUCUGCGAGCUUGCAUCAUCCCCCCUUGAUCAAGCCCCUAUCCGCCAUCCCCAGACAAAACAAACAUGGAGAUAAUGAUGGAGGCACCGCGCGUAACUCCGAAAAAGCGCAAUCGAUGCUCUUCCGCUUCCGCGAAUCCCAAGCCGCCGACCUAGGGAUUCUCGACGUCGGUCGCACCCGCCGUCCUAAGAUGAUCACGGAGGUGACGGCUAUCCCCGCGUGCGAAAAGUGGCGCGGCCAGGUCCUGAAGGAAAUCUCGCGCAAGGUCUCCAAGAUCCAGGACCCGAGCCUGAGUGACUUCAUGAUCCGCGACCUGAACGACGAGAUUAACAAGCUGAUGCGCGAGAAGCACAUGUGGGAGGUGCAGGUCCGGAAUCUCGGCGGCCCCAAUUACAUGAGGGGGGGAGGGGCCGUGUAUGAUGAGGAGGGUAGGGAGAUCCCAGGAGGUGGGAAAGGGUAUAGGUAUUUCGGCCGGGCCAAAGAACUCCCUGGCGUGAAAGAACUAUUUGAAUCCGCCACCAAACCCCACCAGACGGACAAGAAGAAGCCCGCGACAGAUUUACGCAAAAAUGUAGACGCUUCGUACUACGGGUACAACCUCGACGAAGAGGACGGCACGUUACUAGAGUACGAGACGAAGAAGGAGCAGGAAGCGUUCAAGAACCUGCUAGCGGCAGACGACGGUAAGGCGCCCAAGGGAUGGGAGCCGUUACCAGGAGAUGCUGGGGAUGGGGAGGGCUGGAAAUUGCCUAGCGCGACUGAGGUGCAAGAGGAGCUGGUUGAGAGGAGACGACGCAGGCUGCUAGAUAAGUUGGGGUAG